UGUCGGGCUUUAGGAAGGGGGCCAUGGAUAAAACUUUGCACAUUCUCCAGAAAUCCGCAGACGGUGUACCGAGGAUCUCCCUGGACAUGAGUUUAAAUGACGAAGGGGAAGAUUUCGCCGAGCAGCAGAUCGUGGGCUCCGACAAAAUACCUCUGGUGAAACCUUAUUUCAAGAAGAAACAGAGGAAAUUGAUCCCAAAUGCCAUCCACCGCGCCCUGGAGUCCAUACUGACCAGCCUGCUGAGCACGGAUACUCUGUCCGGGGAUGGAGUGUUUGUUCCCCGAAGCCAGCCGGGACGGACGCCGGGCAAUCUGUGCGCAGCGGCAGUGUGAAACGAGCUGUAUGGCCAGGUGUGCCUCAAAGACCCGGGAGCUGCCGACGAUACCACCACAGCGGCCGGAGUACAGGGUGAUGACCCGGACGUUUGUGAAAUAGCCGAUACUACUGCGGAGCUGGAAGAGACGGAGCGGCGUCAGCUGAAGCCUGGCCUCAGGGCAGCCGGGAGCACAGUGACAAUAACACCCCCGGACAGGGAAUUACCUCCAUUGCCACCCCAGGCUCCUCACCAGGAGGGGGCCAUCAAAAGCAACGACCUCUUAACCUCUGGAGUUAAAAAUCUACCAGUUAAAGACUGCACUGGAAUCCAGGACCCCAAUGCCCUCCUCCUGCAGCCUGACAAAGGGUGCUAUUUCAGGAUAAAUGAAGAGGCCUCCCUGGACCUGGUUUUUGAGUUGCUCACCCAGCUCCAGUAUCACACACACCAGUCGGACUCAGUGGACAUUUGUGUGGAUUUCCCAGGACAGUGCGUUUAUGGCAACGACUGUGCCCACCACCACACCGUGCUGCCCUACCACUGGCAGAUCCGCAAGAGCAGCAGUCAGACAUGGCAGAGCAUAGCAGACGACUCCCAGGAACAGCUGGAGAGACUGUACUGCAACCCCGACCAAUGAGCAAGUCAGGCUCAAGUUUCCAGUAAGAGUCGAGUGUUUGCCCUGGACUUUGGGGCGAUGCAGGUGUGCGACCUGGAGUUUGACUGUGUCCGACGACUGACCACUCCCCCCAGCCCUCUACCUGUUCCCACGGCGAACCCAAACCCCACCCCCAGCUGUCACACGGUGAAGUACUACUGCAGAGACAACUUUGGCUGGAGGGAGUACUCCGAGCCGGUGGUGAAGCUCAUAGAAGAGGCAAGUUAGGGUCUUAAGGAGGUGCGAUUCAUUACGCUCCAGAACCAGUAUAUCCUCAACAUCAGGGAGGGCUUCCAGCAGAACGCGGUCUUCGGGUUCAGACGUCAGAUCAAGAAGCGACCCAUGUUCAUGUCGUCUGUGAUGCUGACACCUCACCUACAGACUUUGGGUGGUCUCUCUUUAUCUCCUCUGCCCUGCUCGUCGUCGUCCUCCUCCUCUUCUUCGUCGUCCUCAUCAUCGAUGGAUCCCUCUGUGUCACAUCCUCUCUCACCAACAACCACCAACCCGCAGCUUUUUCCAGAAACAUGGUUGCCAAUGACGAUGAGCCAGGACUUCCUCCGGGUGCCUGUGUCCCGUGAAGACCGCAGCUACAGGACAGUGUACAGUCUGUUCCACAAGACGGUGUCGGAGACCAAGUUCAGGAUUAUCAAGAUCCUGCGCGUGCAGAACCCCUUCCUCUGGGAGAAAUCUGUUUCUGUCUGCUCCAACAGGAAGAAGGAGUACAUGUCACGGCGUAUGUCAGACAUGGACCGGCUCCUGAGCGAGCGCCACCUCUUCCACGGCACAUCGGCAGACGUGGUGGAGGGCAUCUGCAAGCACAACUUCGACCCACGAGUCUGCGGCAAGCAUGCCACCAUGUUCGGCCAGGGCUCCUACUUUGCCCGCAAGGCUGUCUACUCCCACAACUUCUCCAAGCGAUCGCCCAAAGGAGUUCAUUGCAUGUUCCUGGCCAAAGUCCUCACUGGCAGGUUUACUGUAGGAAAUCCCUCCAUGCGGCGACCUCCACCCAUCAACCCUCGUGACCCCUCUAGUGACCUUUAUGACUCCUGUGUGGACAACUGGGUGGACCCCCAGAUCUACGUCAUCUUCAAUGACGACCAGAGUUACCCUUACUUUAUUAUUCACUACGAGGAGGUACCCAGCACAGUCGCCGUCUAAGCCCUUCAACAGAACUUGGUGUCUUUGUUUGCAAAUCCUUAGUCAUAGUCUGCUAAUGGUGGUAGAUGGAUGGAUGGAGUUUGAUGCAAAGGAACAGUUUAAAACCAAUAAAAAUGGACUUUCUGAAGCGUGUUGGUGAAACCAGCUCUGUUGGAGUCACUCUGUUAGACCAGACUUCACCCAUCUGGUGCCUGAAAUGCAUUAAAGCAGGCUGAGAAAUAUUUGCAAAUACACAAUGAUUCAGGUCUGUAGUUGACUGGAACCAACCAGACUGGACUGCAUUAAGGAGCAUCAGACCGGAUUCAACUGGACAAAACUGGAUUAGCAGAGGACAACACCUGUUUCAUCCAGUGUUCAGAGGUGGAUGACAACCGAAAAAAGCUGCAACAGACUUGAGUGGACUCAUAUACUACAUUUUACAAUCUAGAAUGAAAAGGACCUCAGUGAUGAUGAUCGCUGGGCAAAAGAGGAUUUAUCUACUUUACUGAUUUGGAGCAGAUGCAGGAAAAACCAAACCUCGGCCCCUUAUCAUUUUGACGUAGUCGUACGGCUGUACGUGAACUCGUUUCCACAUCGGGACAAAACUGUUGUAGACAGUUAGCGUCCUGCCAGUACUGUGAAUGACCAACUGGCCAUGUUAUUAUUAUUAUUAUUAUAAUUAUUAUUAUUAUUGUGAGGAAGCAGCAACCAACCAAUCAGAGGCUUCCACAGAGAAACCAUGGCAACUCUGACCCUCCCAUCAUUCUCUUAUACAAAUCAUAGUGAGUGUUUACCCAGCCUCCGGCCCAUACAUUUUUUUUUUUUUUCAAAUCUAUGUGCUGAGUGUUUGAAUCUUUUAAUUUAGUGAACAUUAAUCUUGUGGCCUCUUCAACCAGUCAGUGGACAUGAGUUUCAGAGGGACUUUUAAAAAAACGGACAUCCACAUACUAUAAACCUCCAGGCAGAGGAUUCACACGACACCAGUGCUGCUUCUGGUUGCCAUUUUUGCUUUUGUGGCCACCACUUUGGUUCCUCUUGGAAGGGAUCUGAUUCUUGCUGAGACUCGAUGCUGCUGUAGCAGCAGUGGCGGCGGUAGCGCUGUAGCGUUUUGUCAGCAAACCCCCUGAAACUCAUCUCUCUUGGACCGCUCUCUCGCUCAGAGACAGUAGACUCGUUUCGAUUUUUUUUUUUUUUCUGAGACAAACUGUACAAACUGUUCUUUUUGUUUAUAUUUGAACUGUGUGCCUUUUGUUCAUAAAAAUGUUUAUUUAUGUUAGUUUAAUGUAUCAUUGAUUAAAUAAAGAAUCUAAAAGAGGAAAUGA